UUCAGCUAAAGCGAGGACGAGGCGAAGGCUGCUCCUCCUCCCCAAACCCAUCUCCCUGCAAAAGAGAGCACUGGGAGGAAAAGAAAGAGAACGGCGGGGAGUCCCUCGCUUUGCGCAAAGUAAGUCGGAAGUCGGCAGCUGGGAAAAGAAAAAGAGGAAAGCCGCCAAGUGUUUCUUUUAACCUAACAGAAUAAGAGAGUUGGAAAGGGACCUUUGAGCGAGCUCCCCUUCCCCAGUCCUGCAGCGUCGUCGAGUAGAGGUCCCGCUCGCUUGUGAGAGACCCACGCCGUCGCCAUGCGUCUCCAUUCCCGGACUCCGCUUCUCCUGGGCCUUGCCCAGUUGCAAGCGUGUUUCUUUUGGAGUUGCCUGCUGUGGCUGCCGGCGGAUGGGAUGCCACCGAGGAAUCCGCCACCCCUUCCUCCCGCUGUGUGGAGGCAGCGGAUUCAAUGGGAGAACAACGGGCAGGUGUACCGCCUCCUUAGCGUCGGCUCCCAGUAUCAACCCGCGCGGCGUAGGCUCAGCCCGGAGCCCGCGCAAGGCGGCCACGUUUUGCUCCUCAGGGGCAACGACACUGCUCCUCGCAGGGCGCCGGGAACCGCUACAGGCGGAGGCGCCACUGCCACCCGAAAACCGGAGGCGCAGUACUGGUUUCAAGCCGGCUACGAGCAAUCAUCCGACAGAAAUGGCACGGGAAGGGGCCGAGGAGGACCGCAAGGGAACCCCGCGGAGAGCGCCACCGCCAGGACGGGCAAUGGGACUGGCUUUUCUCUAAGCAAUCUCCGGCAGCCGCCCCGCGGAGACGUCAUGGUGGGCGAUGACCCGUACAACCCAUACAAGUAUACGGACGACAACCCUUAUUAUAACUACCAUGACACCUAUGAGCGGCCCCGACAGAGAGGCCGCUACCGGCCGGGGUACGGCACCGGCUAUUUUCAAUACGGGUUGCCAGAUUUGGUGCCAGAUCCUUAUUACAUCCAAGCAGCAACUUAUGUCCAAAAGACGUCCAUGUACAACCUGAGGUGUGCUGCUGAAGAGAAUUGUCUAGCUAGCUCAGCUUACAGAUCAGAUGUUAGAGAUUAUGAUAACCGAGUACUUCUGAGAUUUCCACAGAGAGUGAAAAAUCAAGGUACAUCAGAUUUCUUACCAAGCCGACCACGAUACUCAUGGGAAUGGCACAGCUGUCAUCAACAUUACCAUAGCAUGGAUGAAUUCAGUCAUUAUGACUUACUUGAAGCAAGCUCACACAGUAGAGUAGCUGAAGGACACAAAGCAAGCUUUUGUCUUGAAGACACUUCUUGUGACUAUGGAUACUAUAGGCGAUUUGCAUGUACAGCCCAUACACAGGGGCUGAGUCCUGGUUGUUACGAUACCUACAACGCUGAUAUAGACUGCCAGUGGAUUGAUAUUACAGAUGUUAAACCUGGAAAUUACAUUUUAAAGGUUAGCGUCAACCCUAGUUACUUGGUACCGGAAUCAGACUAUUCCAACAACAUUGUACGUUGUGAUAUCCGUUACACAGGCAAUCAUGCAUAUGCCUCUGGGUGUACAAUUUCCCCAUACUAGGAUGAAGGAAAAUUGGUUUACUGAUACCCAAGGUUUGGAGAUGCAAUUAUUUUAUAAACUGAAUAGGAUGUAAACACUUUUGAAAAAUGAGACGGAUCAGAAUAUAUACAAAGAAUUUUAAUCUGACUCUGAAGCAUUAAAAACUUCUUCAAAAUGAAACACUUUUUUGAUUCAGCUAUUCAGCUUUUGAAGCCAGUGAGACAAUGGUACUCUAUAGAAAGAAUAAUGAAUUCUAAAGGAAGUUAACGUACUUCUAUAAAUAUCUUUUCCAUUGACUACUGGAAAUCAGUAUAUUUGAAAGUGCUUUUUAGAAAUAUAAAUGGUGCUAGCAUAGGCAGAUAUCCAAAGAGUUGCUUUCAAUUCCAUUGCAUGGUUGAGGCACGUCUAAUGAGAGUUUACAGUUUAAACUGUAGGCCCAUUGCUUCCUAGUAUCAUGGAAGUCUUCUAACAUCUUUUUGCAAUAUUUGUUGUUACCAACAGUCAAUGGUACUAGUGUCCAAAUCCUCUGGGAUUAUAGAAUAAUUUUAUAGUUCUUUAAUAUGCAGUCGUGUAAUACUGAUUGUGAGGAAUAUAGAAACGAACUCUAGUUGUGGAACAAAUUGGUAGGGAAGAUGAAGUUUCCAUAAAUACCAAAGCUUCAUUUUUUUUGUCUAAUAGAUACAAAAGUAGUAGGCUUCAUUAAAGGACAGAUAUAUGCUUAAAAUCUGAUUGCAUAUAAAAUGAUUCUAUUUUUAAAACUAGCAGGCAAAUAACUUUAAACCAAAAAGUAUAUCUAUUUUAAUACAUUGCUUAGAAUAUUAAAACACCAGAUUUGCCUAUUUCCAGUGCUUCCUGCAGACUGCUUUGCAUUUUAUCCCCCCCCCCUCCUUUCCUCAACUGGAAAGUUUCAAUUACAGAUGUUGGAAAGAUUUUGAAUUACAGAUGUUUAGAAACCACUUCCCAUGAAUUGGACUUGGAUACCAGAUUGAAAAUGAUAUAUGCUCAGGAAAAAAAAGGCUGAGCUCAUAAGCUUGAUGCUUCAUGUUGUGUUCCAUUAUAAAACUAGUUUCUAGCUACAUGGGGUGGAAAAAAAAUUCAGGUGAAAUCAUAAAAUGAGCCUUACCCAGAUUUGUCUGUGUACCUCAUGAACAUACAAGAAAAUGUUCUUUUAAAAUGUUCAUUUAGGAAAUCAAAAUGAAUUAUUUUAUACAUACAUGAAAGCACAGAUGUGCUCAUAUGAACAUAUACUCAAGCUUGUUACCACCUGCAUUAGCAGGUAUUAUACAAACUUGGAAAUAAAGUUGUAAUUCAAAUUUCUACUUGGGAUAUUACAUGGACCAAAACAAAUUUGAACCAAAGUUAAUUGUACUAAGGAAUAGUAGUUCAACUUACUGGUAAAGGUUGGAUUUUUCCUCAAAAUAGAUAUAUAAAUCCUUGUUCAUUGAAUCAUCUUGACAUAAAAUUCUUAAAUUGUGAUAUACAUGCUAUUAUAUGACAUGUAACAUUUGGAAUAUAUGAAAUAUUUUUUGUGGAAAGUUUUUAUAGUCUGAAUCUGAAACAUUUGGGUGCUUUUUAAGUUUCAUUGUCCAGUUGUCUGUGAUGAGAUUCCUUUCGAUUCUAGAGCAAAUUUCCCAAAAUCUGUUCUGGAACACCUAUGACUGUAUUGUAAAAAAAUUAGCAAUUUACUAUCAUCCAAUGAGCACUUAAAUUGUUCCAUCCAUUUAGAUUAAACAUUUAUUCUAUCAUUCAAGCAAUGUGCCCACAAAUCUGUGGACAAAAUCGCAGGACUGAACCCUUCCUAUCCACUUGUCAAGGCCUCAUCAUCUUUUUGAUGGAUGUUGAACUGCCAGUCCUGUUCAUAUUCUCAAUCAUACAUUAACAUAUGUUGCACUAUUAUGUCAACCACUUGAAAUGUUUAUACCUAAGCUCCAGUUAAAAAAGAACCCAGACUUUUGUAGCAAGGAACUGAACUGGUAUUGUGACACCAGUAACUACUUAGAGGACACUCCCUCAGGAAAGUUGCUGAUCUUUUCUCUAGUAAUGUAAGAGAUAGCUGGCCUGACAAUUGAGUAACUUUACGAUACAGGAUCACAAUGUAUAAGAUGCAUUUUUCUUAUGAUAAAACCGUAUUUUCAUGUAUAAACAUAGAGUACCUGUUAUUUAUUCUGUGAACAGAAGGUCUGUGUUGUAUCCAGAAAAAGGCCUGAAUAGAAAAGGAUACUAUUUCGUGAAGGAUGCUGUGAUUUAAGAAUUUUUGUUCACUCUAAAAUAUGAAGUAGAAUUCCUAAAUCAUAAGGAAUAUCUAUUUAUCAACUUAGCCACUCAAUUUGAAGAAACGUUGAAUGUGGCAAAGCUCACAGAAGUGUUACACAUUGUGAGUUGGACACAUCUAUGUGACACUUUUUUAAAAAAACUUUGCUAUGCCAAAUACAUCAUGAUGCAUUACAUUAAAAUAUUUUUUUAACAAUGAGCUAAUAAUGGAAAUUUCUAUACAUUCCUAUCAUUUCAAGCUGGAUAAAACUGAGGUACUAUACUCAUUUCAUCAAAAGUGGUCUAUCCUGUGCUUUUCAACACCACAGAUAUCACAUUCUACAAAUUACAAAGGUGCUUAUAUAUUUAACUUGAACUGAACAAAGUGAAAUUCCCAAAAAAAUUUAAAAUCUAAACAUCUUUCUAUGUAGUAAUUUAUAAUUAAUCAUACACUAACAUUGUAUUUUUCACAGAACUUCCAUAUUCUUGUACUGUUUGCAAUUUUAUGUGAAAAUGACAAAUAAAAA